CCUGUACAGUAGGUGGCAGAAUAGGUGUAGUCUGCCAUAAAACUUUAGAGAAAGAAGAGGAGCAUUUUGUGUGGGAGGCUGCCAUGUACAAAAACAACAAACAUUAAGUAACUUUUCACGCUGGCUAUUGUGCUAAGGCGUAACAGCAUAAUUUAGGCACAUUUAUGAAGAUGUGUCUGAAGCUGCGACAGAUAUAUUUCAUUAGUAUUAUGAUUUAGCUAACCAUCAUUGAAUAGAUGGCUGCGCUUUUGCAUAUGGAAAUAGCUUGCUCGCUAACUGGCUAGCAGCAAUCCAGUAAGCGCGAGCCCCUGCGGAGGGUGGUCUGUGUCCUUUGAUUCAGGACGCCGGGGACUGGAGUCCAGUGCUGGAGUCCGACGACCCUCUUUGGUAGCCACUGCUGGCUAACGUUAGCUAUCUCACAAGCAGUUUUGCGUUGUGUCGCUCAAAACUCACUGACAAUGUAGAAUAUCAUAGGGACGGAGACACGGGAUCUGGUUCCCGGCUUGUGAGCGAGGUAAUCGGACAACCCCAUCUUCUUCACCUCCUCCACCUAUUCCAGGUGGGGGAGAGGAUGGCCUCCCUCCUCCAUGUCCCCCUGCUGGGGUUGCUGCUGGUGGCUGUAGCCCCUGGGUGUUGGGCAGGAGACUGUAAGGGCCACAGACAGGUGCUCAGGGGCCCCCCAGGGUACAUCACAGACGGGCCAGGGAACUACUCUGUAAACGGGAACUGCGAGUGGCUCAUCAAAGCCCCCAGCAGCAAUUACCGUAUCGUCCUGAACUUUACCUUCAUGGAGACAGAAUGCACGUAUGAUUACCUGUUCGUCUACGAUGGAGACUCCUACCAGAACCCUCUACUGGCCAGUCUGAGUGGCACCACCCUGCCGCAGCCCAUAGAAGCCAAGUCUGGCAAGAUGCUGCUCCACCUCUUCAGUGAUGCCAACUACAACCUCCUGGGCUUCAAUGCCACCUACUCGUUCUCUGUGUGCCCUGGGGCCUGUGGAGGUCACGGGCGCUGUGACACGGCCUCGUCCCUGUGCCAGUGCCACCUGGGCUGGGGAGGAGCCGACUGCAGCACCCCUCUAUGUCCCCAGGCCUGCAUCCUGCACGGCACCUGUGACAAGAGAGGAGAGCGUUGUCUCUGCAGUUCAGAUUUCCUGGGCCAGAGCUGUCAGCUGGGUCUCCGUGAUGACAGUGGGGCGGGGCAGUGGUGGCAGGUGAGUGGGGGCGACCCCUACACGCCCCCCCGGACCGGUUCUGCUGGGGUCUACCUGUCCUCCACUGGAGCCAUGUACCUUUUUGGAGGGUUUGACUUGAACCGAGCUUUGGGGGACCUGGUUAAAUACAACUUCAGCUUGAACCAAUGGGAGAACAGAUCUUAUGGACACUCCCCAGUAAGUGCCUGCACGCAUGCCAGAAAUUGGUUAACUGGUUCUGUAUGGUUGGUGCUGUUUGAUAUUUCAGGGUUUGACUUGAACCGAGCUUUGGGGGACCUGGUUAAAUACAACUUCAGCUUGAACCAAUGGGAGAACAGAUCUUAUGGACACUCCCCAGCGGCUCGUCACUCCCACACGGCAGUAGAGUGGAAGGGGAACAUGGUGAUCUUCGGAGGAGAGCUCGCAAGCGGCGCUUUAGCCAGCGACGUCUGGAUGUACCGCCCAAUCCAGGAUGACUGGCAGCAGCUCGGCCAAUCCCAUUCGCCCGGGGCACCAAGAGUGGCCAACCAUGCAGCAGCUGUAGUGGAUAACUAUCUCUACAUAUUUGGAGGUCGUACGGAAGAGGACAUGUUCUCAUCAUCUCUGUAUCGGUUUGGUCUGCGGGGGUCUGGGGUGUGGGAAGCGGUGCAGCCCACUGGGGGGAAGCCCCCCGCCACAGCAGGCCACUCCAUGGUGUUCCACCCCCCGUCCCGGGUCCUGCUGGUCUACGGGGGCCACAGGCCUACCACUGCCAGGUUCAGUGUACGUGUGAACUCCACGGAUGUAUUCCACGUGGACCGGAGGUUCUGGACCUCGUUCCGUUCCCGUUUCCCAGCCACAGGCCCCAGGGAGAGAGCCUUCCACUCAGCCACCAUCAUCGGCAACUACAUGGUGGUCUAUGGGGGGAAUGUGCACAUCCACUACCAGGAGGAGAAGUGUUAUGAUGAGGAAAUCUUCUUCUACCACCUGGGAUGUCACCAGUGGGUGUCUGCUGGGGAGAGCCUCCAACACAGAGUAGAGGCUGUGAGAGGGCGGUACUCCCAUGUAGCUGCUGUGAUGGAAGGCAGGGUGCUGCUGGUUGCCGGGGGUUACAGUGGUAUUGCCCGUGGAGACCUGGUGGCGUACAAAGUUCCACUGUUCGUGAGCAGCGACCCAGGAGACCGGGUGAGUCAAGAAGACGCUGUGUGUGCRGAGGCACCAGACGAGAGCAUGUGUCUGAAGAACCCAGAAUGCAGCUGGUGUGAGGGCCGCUGUCGGGAGUACCAACCCACCAACCCGUGUGGCAGCACAGGGUGCCUGGGCCUGGCCCGCUUCCUGUCUGACUGCCAGUCCUGCCUGGUGUUCAGUGGGGCUCCAGGUUCCCUGCCCCGCGCCCCCGGUGACUUCGGCUGGUGUGUCCAGAACGAGUCCUGCCUACCUGUGUCAGAUCAAAGUGCUUGCCGUGUGGACCAGAUCUCAGGGGCGUACGGCUGGUGGGGGGAGCGUACCCGUUUCCUCGCCACAAUACUUUCCUGUCGCACUGAGAACUAUGUCCCGGGACUGCACCUGCUCACCUUCCAGCACCCCCGCAAUGACUCCCAGCCUGACAAGGUGUCCAUCCUGCGCAGCACCUCCAUCAUCCUCAGCCCCACCACAGAGAUGGAUGUCACCCUGCAGUUCCGGGGCUUCAUCCACCCUCUGUGGGGCGCCCCUCCACCUGCGCCCCCUCCCACUGAGACAAUUUCCAUGUGGGCCCGGAUACAAAGGCUACACUUUGAGGCCCGCAUGGCUGCUGGACCCAACUCCCUGCAACUGAAUGAGAGGGUAGGUCGCUGGGCAGCUCACCAGGAGAAGGAGACGAAGCUGCUGUCCCGUCCUGACAUGGGUCGUUUAUUUCCCAACCUGACCCGAGGGAACCGGUACCUGGUCCAGGCCGAGGGAUACCUCAACAACUCAGGCUCUGGACAGACCAGUGAGAUGGCUCUGACCUGGAACAGAACCGCCCUGCCCGGCGGAAGUGAGAUUUCCUUCCUGUUCUUGGAGCCGUACCGUUCUGGCUCUUGCUCGGGGUACCAGUCUUGCUUGGCAUGUCUGUCAGACCAGUCCUGUGGCUGGUGCSCAUCUCUGGGCCGCUGUCUGUUCCGUGCACUGCCUGACCUGGAGCCCUGCCCGGAGGACCAGGGGGGAGGGGAGCGCCACCUGCUGCUGGCCCCGCCACAAUGCACCCUCUGUGAGGAGUACAGGGACUGCUCCGCCUGCACUCAGGAUCACUACUGUGAGUGGCAGAUCAACUCCAGCAAGAAGGGUGACUACCAAUGCAGCCGACGGGGAAGACUGGAUGGAUCCAUUCGCGACCCAGAGGGGUGCCCUAAAGUCUGCAACCAGAGGAGGACGUGUGGGGAGUGUCUGUCUAACUCCAGUCAGUGUGCGUGGUGUGAGUCGGCCCAGGCCUGCUUCUACUUCGCUGCCUACCUCACCAAGUAUCCCUACGGAGAGUGCAGGGACUGGUAUGACAGUGUUCACUCAGUGCCCCAGUGUAAGCAGUGCUCAGCUCUGGUCACCUGUACAGACUGUCUCCAGACGUUUCAGUGCGGCUGGUGUGGAGACUACAACAACCCCACCAUCGGCAGGUGUCUACGAGGAGACUGGGGAGGGAUGGACGACCCCUCUGUGUAUAACUGCAGUGUGGCUGUGGAUGAAGUACGGGCUACCAGUCCUGAGUCCCAGACCUUGGCUCCCCCGCGGCCCAUGGAGAUGGAGAUGGAGCUGGAGCACCUGGAGGAGGGGGAGAGGGACCCAGUCUGGUCCUACCCCAGCUGUCCCGAUGUGGAGGAGUGCAGGCUGGGCCUCCACAGCUGCCACCCCUUCGCCACCUGCGUCAACACCCCCACCUCCUUUGAGUGCCACUGUGAGAGGGGCUACACCGGGGACGGCACCCUGCACUGCAACCAGACUUGUUAUAAUGAGUGUCGUCAGGGCCAGUGCAGCGGCAGCCCGCGGUUCGAGUGUGAGUGUUCCCUGGGCUGGACAUCUGACCCAGCAACCCUGGUGCUGAGCGGGGUGGAGUGUGACGUGGACUGUGGCUGUAACUUCCACAGCACCUGUAUCACCGCCCCAGGCAUCUGUGACCACUGCCAGGAUUGGACAAUGGGUCUCCAGUGUGAGCACUGUCGACCAGGGAGUUUUGGUUCUGCGCUGGCCGGGGGCGGGGGCUGUGUGCCCUGCCAGUGUAACGGCCAUGGAGGCCCKCUCCUMGGCUWCUGCCACAARCAGACAGGCCAAUGCUACUGCACACACCACACCCAGGGACCACACUGUGAAUCCUGCUUGCCUGGAUACUACGGAGACCCCAGGAAUAAUGGCACCUGUUUCCGCCAGUGUCAGGGGCGCUCUGUGAUCCUGUCCCACCAGUCACCCCUCUCUGAGCUCCCCAUCUCGUCCUCCCUGGGGUGGCGAGGGGGCGUCGGGGGGAAGGGGGGACUCUCCCACUGUCUGUGGGUCCUGUCUGUCUCUGAGAACCUGGCCCCCUGUGUGCCGGGCGAGCUGUGCCCUCCUGUCGCUCUCACCCUGCACCCAGACUCCUACACACAGUGCACUAGCUCCUACGUUUACGUGUUUGACGGCCUGCCUCGUUUCUUGAGCAACGGGGUGGUGCACUCGGACCACAACCUGAUUGGCGCGUUCUGUGGGACGACCCGGACUCAGCCAAUCACAGUGGAGGCCACUUCAGGUGUGAUCUCUGUGUACUUUGAGGCCAACGUCUCGUCCGACCGCCCUCAGGGUUUCAACGCCUCCUUCUGGGUGCGGCGCUGUCGCCAGGGUUCUGAGGCGGGGGAGGAUGGYUCACCCGUAUGCCAGGGAGGGGCGCAGUGCAGCGGGGGGCUGUGCCAGUGUACUCAGGGGUAUGGGGGACCGUACUGCGACAGGCCCCUCUGUCCCGAGGGCUGUGGGCUAGCAGAGGGCCGAGGCUCCUGCAACUUGUCUCUGGGAGUGUGUGUGUGUGCAGACGGUUGGGGCGGCUCUGACUGCUCCACCCCUCUGGACUCCAGCAGCCUAGUUUGGGAAACCCUACUGGACACACAGCUCACAGCGAACCAGGCCCACAGGUUCCUCCACCGGAUGGGCCAUUCUCUAGUGUCUGGGCCCCAGGGGAACCUCUGGAUGUAUGGAGGCCUCUCUCUCUCAGAGGGCAUCCUGGGAAACGUCUACAGGUACUCUGUGUUGGAGCGGCGCUGGACUCAGAUGCUGACCAGCUCAGUGGAGGAAGGCUCCACCCCCAGCCCCCGCUACCACCACGCCUCUGCCCUUCUGGCCAGUCACGAGCCUCUCUCUGACGCCCAGGGAGCCACUCACAACCUCAUGCUGGUGGUGGGCGGUGUCACGCAGAAGGGCGUCGCCAUGGACACGUGGAGCCUCAACCUCAGCAGUCUGGUGUGGAGACAGCACAAGAGCUCAGUGCUGCCACCGGUGGCAGGUCAUACUCUAACGGUGCGUCGGGACUCCUCUAUGCUGCUCAUCGGAGGUUACUCUCCAGAGAYCGGCUUCAACCAUCACCUGCUGGAGUUCAACAUCCACUCUGGCAACUGGACCYUCGCCCCCCACACCGGCACACCUCCUACAGGUCUGUAUGGCCACUCGGCUGUGUACCACGAGCAGACGGACGCCGUGUAUGUGUUCGGAGGCUACCGCUUCCACGUGGAGACAGUGGAGCCCUCAGGAGAGCUCUACAGUCUCUACUAUGCCAACCUCGCCUGGUCCCUACUGGUCCCCUCACAGGGGAAUAAGCCCCUGUCCCGUUUCUUCCACGCUGCAGCCCUGAUAAAAGACACCAUGGUGAUCGUGGGAGGGAGGACAGGAGUGGAGGACUACAGCAAUACAGUGUCUCUGUACCAGAUCAACUGUAACACCUGGAUACAGCCAGACUCGGCGGUGGGCGAGCCGGUUAACCGUUCAGUGUCUCUGGCCAUGGUGGGCUGGGGUGGGCGGCUGUUCCUCUCUGGGGGGUUCAAUGGGGUCACCCUGGGGCGUCUUCUCACCCUGACCCUUCCCUCUGACCCCUGUACAUUGCUGCCCACGCCCGAGGCCUGCAACACCACCACAGGCAGCUGUGUCUGGUGCAGGGGCACCUGCGCCGCCUCCGAUACUGCUGAGAGACUGGGCUGUUCCAUUGGUCAGUCUCCCUGCUCCCCCACCCCUCGUCUACCAGACCAGUGUCGCAGACUGAAGACCUGCAGCGAGUGUCUGGCACGCCACCCCAGGACCUUCUCUAGCCCCUCACAGUCCCAGUCUGCUCUGCAGUGUAAGUGGUGCACCAACUGUCCAGAGGGAGCAUGCAUCAGCAGUACAGUCAGCUGCACCUCAGAACACGACUGCAGGAUCAACCAGAGAGAGAUCUUCCUGUCCAGCAACUGUACUGAGACCAGCUGUGAGGCCUCCGACUGCCCCAAGUGCACCGCCUCAGGGAAGUGCAUGUGGACACGCCAGUUCAAACGCACUGGCGAGACCAGGCGCAUCCUGAGUGUGAACCCCACCUACGACUGGACGUGCUUCAGCUACGCCCUGCUCAACGUGUCCCCCAUGCAGGUGGAGUCCUCCCCCCCUCUGCCCUGCCCACCCUGCCACACUAGCACCUGCAGCGUCUGCUGGGCUCGGGGCUCAGACGGGGCUGGCAGAGUGUGUGUGGAGCAUGGCACUGCAGCAGGUAAGUACGGGAGACAGACUGUUGUGUGGGUGGUGGGUGUGCGAGUCGUCCUCGUGCCUCUGCGCUGUGAGCGGGUCAGUUGGUCGUCUGCUGUCUGGUGGGACUCCUGUCCUAGUGGCCGCUCACCCAGGCUCUACAGCUCGCUUGGCCCCAUGUGGCUGGUGUGCUGCCGGGGCGGCAAGGGGCUGGACGCUGCCAGCAGGGAGGCCUCGAGGUGUGAGUGGGGAGGUGUAGUCCCCAGAGGAACAGCAGCUGGUCUUCCUCCAUGCCAGGAGAGGAUGAGAUGUGCCAAACGCAAACACUGUAACAUCACCAGGGACGCGCAUGACCUUGGCAGGAUCCAUGACCUAGGCAAGCAGGGCUACGUUCUCAGCCGUGUGUCAGGCCAGUGUGAGCCAGUCUGUGCUCAGGGCUGUGUCAACGGGACCUGUGUGUCCCCGGGAGUGUGUCAGUGUCACUUUGGCUUUGUGGGGGACAACUGCUCGUCUCAGUGUCGCUGUAACAAACACAGCAACUGUAAAGGAGUGUCUGAGCCUGACAAGUGUUUGGAGUGUAAAAACAACACUAUGGGUGAUCACUGUGAGAAGUGUAAGCCCCUGUAUGUGGGGUUGGCGGUGGGCGGGGGGACGUGCCGCCCCUGUCGGGAGUUCUGCAGGGGGAACAGCGCAGUGUGUCUGUCCCGGGACGAACUCAAGAGGGCGCUAGACCACCCCCAAGACCACCCUCUGGACCCAGACAGCAUUGUUCAGUGGGUGUCGGAGGGUCCUACAGAGGACUCAGCGGUUUGUGUGAGCUGCCAGAACAACAGUGUGGGGGACAAGUGUGAGAGCUGCCUCAGCGGCUACUUCCUAUUGCAGGGGAACUGUGACAAGUGUCAGUGUAACGGCCAUGCAGACACGUGUAAUGAACAUGACGGCACAGGCUGCCCAUGUCAGAACAACACAGAGACCUCUUCCUGCCUCAGCAGCCCGCAGAGCGACAGGAAGGACUGCUACAGAACACAGUGCGCCAAGUGCAAAGACUCCUUCAACGGCACACCGGUAAACGGGCGCCAGUGCUACCGGCAGUUCAACGUGGACAAUGAGUGCUGCUUCGACCCCACCUCUCAGACAAAUUGCUUCCACGACCCCACCAUCCGCAAUUUGCCCAAGGGACGCACCGUCUUCUUCGCUGCCCAGCCAAAGUUCACCAACGUGGACAUCCGGGUCACCAUCGACGUGACCUUCGGGGAGGUGGAGGUGUACGUGUCCAACUCCCAUGACACCUUCAUCGUAGAAGUGGACCGCCACACAGGCAUCCACGCCAUCAAGAUCGAGGAKGAGUCGGCGGCCCGAGGUGGGGCGGGCGGGGGGGAUAAGGAGACGCCUCCAUCACCAAUGAAGGUGUAUGCCAACUCCUCAUCCAGCCUGGCUGGGCCCAUGUCCCCCAACACCCCCCUGCAGCUCCACGCCAAGCCCCAGGGGGRGGACAGGGAGGUACGGGAGGCCAAGACGGAGGGGCUCAUCUCCUACAUCACGGUGUGGAAGCCCCAGACGGUACUGAUUGUUCGAGGUGUCCGUGACCGCGUGGUCAUCACCUUCCCCCAUGAGGUCCACUCCCUGAAGUCCAGCCGCUUCUARAUCGCCCUGCGCGGUGUAGGCACCGAGGAGAGACAGGGCGAGUCCCAGGGCCUGCUCUUCCUCCGCCAGGACCAGGCCCACAUCGACCUGUUCGUCUUCUUCUCUGUUUUCUUCUCCUGCUUCUUCCUCUUCCUCUCCGUCUGRGUCCUCCUCUGGAAGAUCAAGCAGUUCAUGGACUUCCGCCGAGAGCAGAGGCGUCAUAUCCAGGAAAUGACCAAGAUGGCGUCCAGGCCCUUCGCCAAGCUCACUGUCUAUUUGGAGCCAGAGGAGACCCAGCUCAUCUACCUGCCCUCCACAGGGGGCGGAGGGGUGGGGGGCAGUGCCGUGUCCCUGGCCCAUGCACGCACAGGCAAGCUGGGGGGCAUUGUAGUUGGCCAAAGGGGGCGAGCUGGAGCCAUCUCCUACAAACACGAGCCAGGCUCCGGCCCCACCGUCCACCACCACCUUACCCUGGGCGGAGGCGGCAACAGUGGGCAGCACCUGCCCCUGCAUUACCUCAACACCCACCACUAUGUCCCCACCACCGCCAACACCACGGCAUCGCACCACCACCACCCGUCCUCCCACAGCGGCUACCAGCACUUCUGCCGCUCCGACCCCUUCUUGUCCCAGCUCAUGGGCUUCUCCUACUCCACCUUCAAGGUGGGGCCCAUCACUCUGGAGCCCACGGACGACGGCAUGGCCGGGGUGGCCACCGUCCUCAUCCAGCUGCCGGGGGGCAUCCUGGCCCCUAACCGCGCCUGCCUAGGGUCCGCCCUGGUCACACUACGGCAGAAUCUCCAGGAGUACUGUGGUCACGGCAAUGGAGGGGGACAUCCCGGGGUGGGAGGGGGGCGCAAAGGCCUGCUAGGGCAUCAGCACCUCACCACCAUGGCUAUGUAGAGAAGAGAAGGGGAGAAAAGAAAGUGGAUAAGAGAGAGAGGGGUAUGUGGUGGGGUGGUAGUAACAUGUUAAGAGGUUAGAAGAGAGAUGGGGAGUUGCGUGAAAAAGGCCAUACAGGAGAAAGUUAUAUAAGAGCCUGUUGAAGUUGAUAGGAUCAUACCUGUAUUUACACUGUUUCAAUAUUGAUUGUCUUUUAUUCCGUUAUGUAUCGCUAUAUUUCAAACGCUUCACAUGACCAAGCCAGCUAUCUCUAAAAUGCACUACAACUACACGUUAUAUCAGCUCAACCAUUCAAUUGCAUCCUGUCUGCGUCCGCUAUCGAGGUAUGAGUGCAGUCGACAACCAGAGACUUUUGCUGCACUGUCGUUUUUUGGAAUGACCAAUAAAAGUAGGGAUGAUAACUACUGGUGUUGGAACCAACAUGUGCUUUAUACCCCAAAAGGUGACAAUCAAACAUUGCCAUUAAAAACAAGAGACAGAAGGCGCAGUCCGCCAGGAUGUGCAACAUUGAAUUGACAUGAUAGGAAAAAUUCUAAAGUGAUGCUUGUUGUCAGAUGUUUUUUAUAUCAUGGUAGUAAUGAUGAGUAAUAUUAAUUGUAACUUAAUAUAUUAAGCUACGUGUCUGUUUAUUAACUCAAAACCCUAAGUAUAUAUUUGUGCAUGUCCAUUCACAGGACCUGUUACUUGGUUCUUUAUCGGUUGCUGUUGUAUUUGUUUCUCUGCUCAUCUGCCUCCGGUUUUUCUGCCUUUGAACUCCCAGGCCUACAACUAACAAUCCUGUUGUGUAAUGUUUCCUAUUGUGAGGCUUAUGGAGAACAUUUUAAGCAAAGCAACACUUUUGACACAUUUAAUAUCUGUUUCAAUUGAUUUUGUUACAAAUGAAGGAUUUAACUUGGUUGGUAUCAGACUUCUGUCCCUGUAGCCAUUUUAUGAGUGGAUAACGUAACACACUAUGUAUUGUUUAGUUUCUAAGGAUUUUAUUUCAGUUCUUUGAUAUGAACUGUAUGUUAAAUUAUAUGGUUUUGUUUUUGGCUCUCUCGAUUGGAUGAUGGUAUCAGCCAAUGAGAGCUAUGAUUAGAACUUAAUUAACUUUUUGGAUUUGUCUUGUGACAAAUGGAACAAGAAAACAAUUAGUAUGUGGAACAACAUUUUUAUGGAAAUUAUAUGUCAGAUUAUAAUGGAGACAAGGAAAGGGACAAAAUAUGUGCAAAGCUGCAUCUUCCUAGUGAAAGAUAACAUGAAUGGAAAAAAGUGUUAUUUUCAAGGAGGGUGUGUUCCAUUUUUUUGUUACUGUUUUUGCAUUAUUCUCAUAUGAAUCAAUACAAGAUGAAUCUCCCCAAGUUAAUCUAAAUGGUGCUAAUGGAUACACUACAAAAAACAACCAUUAGGCUACAAAAUGAUUAGUCGUUCACAUUUACAUGUAUUUAAUCGAAUAUAUAACAAAUAACAGCUUUCUUGUUUAGUAGCAUUGCAACACUAUCUUCAGCUACGCUUGAGUCCGGUCACAAGCAUUAUUAGACUGGUUACAUUGUGCUUGUCUUGUAUUAGUUUGUUUACGUGUUUAACACUUUAAAAAAUAAAAAUAAAAUUCAUUUGCUCUUGUUUUUUUAAGGGAAAACUGCCCUGGUGAUGAGUAGGUGCCAAUAUUAAAAGUUCAAGAAAGAUGA